CACGCAUUCCACAUGGAACUCCAACGGGGACUGUGAGCUGCGAAAGAUAACUAACAAAACAACAAAUUUACAGAAUCGUUAAAACACGACGUCGUUUUCAUUGGCCACUGAAAGAGACUAGUAUAUAUAGUUAGAUCAGAAACCAGAAAACAGAGAGAUAGAGAAAAAAAAUCAUCAAUCUAUCUAUCUAUGGAGGUUAAAUCCAGAGCUCCCGGUAAAAUCAUUUUAUCCGGCGAACACGCCGUCGUUCACGGAUCAACCGCCGUCGCUUCUUCUAUCGACUUAUACACUUACGUUUCUCUCCGCUUCUCCGCUCCUUCUUCUUCCGAUAAUGAAGAAUUGUUGAAACUUGUUCUGAAGGAUACGGCAUUGGAAUUUUCAUGGCCGAUAAGUAGAAUAAAAGAAGCUUUUCCAGAAUCUGUUGCUUUGUUAGCUUCAACGCCUACAUCAUGUUCUGUUGAGUGUUCUAAAUCAAUUGCAGCUUUAGUUGAACACCUUAAUAUACCUGAAGCUAAAAUUGGACUUGCUUCUGGUGUUUCUGCUUUUCUUUGGUUAUAUUCAUCAAUUCAAGGAUUUAAGCCUGCUACUGUGGUUAUAAAUUCUGAACUUCCUCUGGGAUCGGGUUUGGGUUCAUCGGCAGCAUUUUGUGUGGCGCUGGCGGCUGCCUUGCUUGCUGUCACUGAUUCUGUUUCUGUGGAUGUGAGCCAGCAAGGGUGGCACUCUUUUGGGGAGAAGGAACUUGAUUUGGUAAAUAAAUGGGCUUUUGAAGGUGAGAAGAUCAUCCAUGGAAAGCCCUCUGGAAUUGACAACACAGUCAGUGCAUAUGGUAACAUUAUCAGCUUUAAAUCUGGUAAAUUGACACAGAUGAAGUCAAACGUGUCCCUUAAAAUGCUCAUUACCAACACAAAAGUAGGUAGAAACACAAAAGCAUUGGUGGCUGGUGUUUCGGAGAGAAUGUUGAGGCACCCGGAUGCCAUGGCUUUUGUGUUUAGUGCAGUUGAUUCUAUCAGCAAAGAAUUGACUACCGCGCUCCAGUCACCUAUACCAGAUUCUCUCCCUGCUCUCUCUGUUACCCAGAUUGAAGAGAAGGUAGAAGAACUAAUGGAAAUGAAUCAAGGUCUGCUCCAGAGUAUGGGGGUCAGUCAUACCACAAUAGAAACUGUUCUUCGAACAACAUUGAAGUACAAGUUAGCUUCUAAGUUGACAGGAGCUGGUGGUGGUGGAUGUGUUCUGACAUUGCUUCCAACAUUGCUAUCGUCCAACGUUGUUGAUAAAGUGAUUGCUGAACUGGAGUCAAACGGGUUCCAAUGUUUCAUUGCCGGAAUUGGUGGGAAUGGUGUUGAAAUUAGCUUUGAGCAUUCAUCUUAAUGUUCUCUAUUUUUUAUUUUUCUUAGGAAUGAAGUCAAUGAUCAAGGGAUCUGAUCCCAAAAUUAAUAAACAGUAUGGAAGUUGUGUUUCUGUUUUUAACAUCCUUGUGCAUCUUAAUUGUCCUUUUUGUAAAGAGACAAGUCAAUGUAGUUGCCGGAUAUCCACUAGUUAAGUUUGUGCUCAAUUGUUUACUUCCAUUUUUUACUUCCAUUUUUUAUUGUAUUGUUCAUCUUAUUGAAAUUGAAAUGCAAUAGUCUCUGUCAAAAAAGUCCAUGUAAAUCAAUCAGUAAAGUUUUCUUUCUUUUAUGAA